AAUAAUACCCUGUGAGGUUUCAUGCCUUCUUCGGCAUAGCGUUCCUCCAGGCUGUGUAGCACCUUCGCCGCCAAUGAAUGGAUGUGUUUAUAUUUAUAGGUCCUUUUCUUCUUCAUUCUGUUCCGAACGCUUUGGCACGGACAUCUCCCGGAGCCGAACUGAACAAUUUCAAUCUCGGACACAACCUCAACAGCAGCCACGACGACGAUUUUUCUCGUCGGAUACCGAUGAUUGCGCUGUUGAGAGUGAUCAUCUUGGCAGAGAUACAAGCAGCAACGAUAUUGUAGCGGAUGCUUCCGAUGUUUUGUUGCUUGAAAAGGCAGCUUUCACCGCAAAACAUGUCGAAUUUGGAGUCUUACAAUCGGUUGAAUUUGCGAUUUGGAAAGCAUCUGGUCCCGCAGAACGGAGGAAAAUGGGUCGUUUUCUGAUACCGCAGUUGCGAAAUGCCACCGAGGGACUGCUAAAUGUUACCAGAGAUACCGAGUUGCUAUCUCACUCUAUUGAGAAAGUGAACGAGAAGAAGGGACACAAUACCGCAGCUGAAAGAUCCCUUAGAGAAUUACACUGUGCAUUUUUGAAUCUCACGCAAGUUUUGCUUGAUCAUCUAGAUGAUGAAACAUCAACGAGAGAAGAAGGCGAAAACGACAAUAACCGCAAGCUUCCGACAGAUCCACUACAAUUGAUAGAACUGGUGCUUUCUAUUUCUUACAGGGCGCAUAAAUUGCGGCUGACAUACCAUUUGCCUCUAUACCAACGGCUGGCCAUUGCAGUGGCAGAGCAUCCGAAGAUUGGUGAAGAUAAAAUCUCGGACUCAAUGACAACAACGUUAGGUUGCUUAGUAGGUAAUUCCAGAGGUGAAUGGAUCCAGACCAUUAACAGUUGGUCACAAACUAGUUUUGGUAGUGACAGCGAAAGCGAAAGCUCGAAUGAUAAUGACCAUCCCGUUUUCCGAACCGAUCAAAACGAUUUGAAAUGGUUUCGCCCUUCGCUGAAAGUUUUAGCCACGGGUGCAAGGUGGUCUGAUGUUUGGCAUAUCUUGAAAGGCCUCCUGCGUCCCCUUCCGGAAUUGACAAGGAUGGACAACAAAAGCCACUAUCAAGAUCGCAAUAAAGAGUGUUAUUCGAUAGACCAUAGUCGAUGUAGUCGAGAGACACUUCUUGAAACAGGAGUUGAAAAUGAGUACGAUGAUAAAAACGCCUUUUCCGAUCAAAUUUUUGACGAUGAUGAUGUCAUACUAUCAUCGGCUACAACUUUUCCCUAUCUGGAUGAAGACCUUGUAAUCGAUAUUUUGCUUCCUAUGGAACAGCAAGGGUUGCUGGCCGAUCUAUGGAGCGAUGGAGGAUGUUACCCACCCCCCAAGGCCGUCGAGGACACAUGCAAUAUAAUUCUAAUGAUGGAGCCCAGUAUUUGGAAGAUUUUCGGCAAAAUCGCUAGUCAUGUAAAAGCAAAUCUGAUAACCAACUUAAAAAUGGACCAAAAGAAAACGUACAGCCUUCAAGAUGCAAUCCAAAUCCUCUUGAAGAAUAGUGAACGCAACGCUUUGGAUGAUGGCAACCCCGAGGGACUGGGAGAACACUUCCUGGACAAUCAUGAGAAAGAUAGCUUGGUUCAGGCCCUCAAAGAGCUGGAAGAUUUACUCGACGAACAUCUACACCCAGAGGAUGACCAAGUUCCUGGGAAUGAGGAAGCUAACCAAGCAUCGGAGCUGACUGCUUUGGCCACUGAUUUGUCGGAUGAAGUCAGGAGCGAUGGUUCUGUAGACAAGAAUUACAAUAGUCGCGUUCAUUCAAGGACGUCAGAAGAUAAUAGUUCACAGAACUUAUCAGAUAUGAUGAAAGUCCGAGUGAAAAGAUCAGGUGAUGAUAAUAUUGUUGAGGUGACUAAUGUUGAGGACAAGUACCAUCAGUCAACAGAGGAAUAUCUCGAAGGCAUUACGGAUGAGGAUCAUUUUCUUUAUUUAAUAUAUGAUGAUCGUGCACGGAACUACGAAGACAACAUUCCAGAUAUAAGCCACCAGAUAUAUGAAAAAAAUGGAGGAAAACAGCUACGAUAUACGGCGUCAUUGGAGCGCCAUAUAUAUAAUGGAAUGCAGCAGCGUCUAGACUAUGACAGUGAAGAAGACGACGACAUUCAUCUUCUGUAAACACUUGACACUUCACAUUAUUUUUUUCAGUUUUGAAUGGUCCAAUGAGAAAAAUCGUAGCGAAGUCUCUCUUUUGGUAUACGCUGGAUGCGGUCAUCCUCUUCGUGAAAUUUGCAAUGCUACAGUACGAUGAUUGUUAGCAGAAGAUUAAAAUAGAUGCUUAAUAUCUUA